AUGCCAGUAUAUCAUAUUGUCCUAUUCAAGCUCAAGCCUAAUAUUAGCAAGGCUCAGCUCGCAGAGUGGUCUGAACUGGGUGCCGUUAUGGUUGGAAAAAUACCUGGCCUGUUGAAAUGGGAUGCCAAUCCUCCUUUACCAGCUACUGCCCAUCGCGCCCAAGGAUAUGAUAUGGGCCUCAUCGCAGUUCUGGAAAAGCCAGAAGAUGUUGUGACUUACGGCAAGCAUCCGGUGCAUCAACGCGUUCACGAGAUUCGCGAAGCAUUGUGUAGUCAGACGUUGGCCUAUGACUUUGAGUUUUAA